UAGAUUCCUAUUCAGACACAUUCGCUGUUGUAAGGACUCGGGUGGAUUGUUUCCUUCUGAAAUUCUGGAUGCUUUGCUGUACGCCCUGACAGUACAGAGACAAGACAAGCAAGACAAAUCAACCGAGCCAUUGAUUGCUGGGAUGGCAGACCCGAUGAUGAUGGCAGCCAUACACAAUGGACAUCCCAACUAUAGGAUGAACAUGAACAGUAUGCAGACUCAAGUUCCCCCUCAUGCUAUUCGAAACACACUUGCAGCACCAUUAAUGCAGUAUGGAGGUACCAAUCCUGAUGGAAAUAUGAGGACAAGAAUGAAUAUGCACCAGCAUACGUCAUCAGCGAUGUACCCUGGGCAACCUCAGUCUUAUAUGGGAACACAGCAACUAAUGGCCACUAUGCAACUUCAGAAACUCAACAAUCAAUACCAAGGAUAUCCACCCAUGGGGAAUCCUGGACUUUUACAAGGUCAGCUCACCUACAGAAUGGCACCUAGUCAUCACCAGCACAUGCCCAUCUUAAAUGUGACAGAUGCAGACCUCAUUGAUGAAGAUACAUUAACAUCAUUGGCUCUAGAAUUGGGUCUGGACAGAAUUGAAGAGCUGCCAGAGCUCUACCUUGGACACAAUGAGAUGGACUUUAUUUUUGACUUUGUAGGCAAGCAGCAGGUCAGCACAGUAACAUGCUGAUGGACACUCUUCUUGAAGAACAUUCCUUUUCAUUUGCACUGCAUAUG